CGCUGACUUGCCGAGUAUUCGUACUCUGUACAUACCGCGCAAACUGCCGCCGUCCGAAUCAGCUCAUUGCCGGGUUGUUAAAAAGACCAGUCAAUUCCGUUGAAUGUUUCUUAGCUCUCUGCAAACCGGCAGCCUAGCGCGUCCCACCGAGUUGUCUCUUGCAAUCAGGAAUCAUGUCUCGCCGUGGAGUUAUCAAGGAUGUCAUCAUCACACCUGUGGCAUUCCACGAUAUGCCCCUGCUGAAUAGCGUCGGUGUGCAUGAGCCGUUCGCGUUGCGCAGCAUCAUUGAGAUCGUCACCGACGAUGCGUACGGCUUGGGCGAAUCCUACGGCGAUUCGACCCAUCUGGGCCGCCUGCAACUAGCAGCCGACCGCAUCAAAGGGCGCUCAGUGUACGACACGAAUUCCAUUUACAAGAUAUGCGUCGACUGUCUGGCUGGCGACUCCAGGACUGGCGGCGAUGGCAUGGCCGGCAUGGUCACCACGGCGUCUGUCACGGACAAAGUCUUUUCUCCUUUCGAGGUUGCCUGCCUUGAUAUUCAGGGAAAGAUGGCCGGCGUGCCCGUGAGUGAAUUGCUCGGCGGCCGCGUGAGAGACAAUGUCCAAUACUCAGCGUACCUGUUUUACAAGUGGGCAGGCCACCCAGGCGAGCCUGAUGACGAGUAUGGCGCGGCCCUUGACGCGGCUGGCGUGGUGAAACAAGCGCAGAAGAUCAUAGACGAGUACGGCUUCAAGGCUAUCAAGCUCAAGGGUGGUGUUUUCCCGCCAGCUGAAGAGGUUGCCGCUAUCAAAGCACUGCACAAGGCAUUCCCUGGUCUGCCGCUGAGGCUGGAUCCCAAUGCUGCGUGGACUGUCGAGACCUCUAAAUGGGUCGCCAAGGAACUGGAGGGAAUUGUCGAGUACUUGGAAGAUCCAGCCCCCGAAAUUGAAGGCAUGGCUGCUGUAGCAAAGGAGGCAGCGAUGCCCCUGGCCACGAACAUGGCCGUCGUCGCCUUCUCCCAUCUCCCCCCUUCCAUUCAACAAAACGCCGUCCAGGUGGUUCUCUCCGACCACCAUUUCUGGGGCGGCUUGCGCAAGUCCCAAACACUAGGGGCCAUCUGCGCAACCUGGGGCGUGGGACUCUCGAUGCAUUCCAACAGCCACUUGGGCAUCUCGCUGGCCGCCAUGACGCAUCUGGCAUCAGCCACGGUCAAUCUCGACUACGCCUGCGACACGCACUGGCCGUGGAAGCCUCGCGACGAGGAUGUCAUUGUCGACGGCGCGUUGAAGUGGGUCGACGGCGGCCUGGAUGUGCCCACUGCACCGGGGCUGGGGGUUGAGCUCGACAGGGAGAAGUUGGCACGGCUUCACCAACAAUAUGUUGACUGUGGGCUGCGGAAGCGAGAUGAUACCACCUACAUGAGAAAGUUCCAGCCUGACUUUUCCGCCAAAAUCCCGAAGUGGUGAGAUCAAAGAGAAGGCUGGCAGUGUUACAUUAUUAGCUAUAGAUUAUAAGCUCAGCACAGAUAUGAAACUGCAUCAAGAC